AUUCUAAAUCUCUCCCCCUCUCUCCCUCUCUCUGACUCUAAUAUUCCAAUUUUACUGUAACUUUAAUCGAAAAAAUCUGUACAAGGAGCAGUCGCACAGGUUUUCCGAGUCAUAAACUCUCUACGGUACUAUCCAUCCUUUUCGUAAGGUAUACUCUUGUGAGCUCAAGUUUUUUGCUGAACUUAAAUUGUGGGAUUGGCUAGCAGAAGCAGGAAAUGGUGAAAAGGUAUGGAGUGUUUUGAUGCGUACAAUUUAUCAUGUUGCGGUGUGUAGAGGGACUCAUCACCUCCCUCCUGCGGUGUUUUGAUCUUGAUUUAUACAAACAAUCAAGAGGCCUUGAAGAUCCCGAGCUUCUUGCAAGGGAGACAGUCUUCAGUGUAAGUGAAAUAGAGGCAUUAUAUGAGCUCUUUAAGAAGAUCAGCAGCGCCGUGAUUGAUGAUGGAUUGAUCAAUAAGGAGGAGUUUCAAUUGGCGUUGUUCAAGACAAACAAAAAGGAGAGUUUGUUUGCUGAUAGGGUAUUUGACUUGUUUGAUACAAAACAUAAUGGGAUACUAGGUUUUGAAGAGUUUGCCCGUGCCCUCUCUGUUUUUCAUCCAAACGCCCCUAUUGAUGAUAAGAUUGCGUUUUCUUUCCAACUUUACGAUCUAAAGCAGCAAGGUUUUAUUGAAAGACAGGAGGUGAAGCAAAUGGUAGUGGCUACUCUUGCUGAAUCUGGUAUGAACCUUUCAGAUGAUGUUAUAGAAAGUAUAAUUGACAAGACCUUUGAGGAAGCUGAUACAAAACAUGAUGGGAAGAUUGACAAAGAAGAGUGGAGAAGCCUUGUUUUACGCCAUCCAUCCCUUCUGAAGAAUAUGACCCUUCAAUACCUCAAGGACAUCACCACUACAUUCCCAAGCUUUGUUUUCCACUCACAAGUCGACGACACCUGAAUUCGAGACAUCUGUAUUCAAAGCUCGCAGACUUUGUUUUUUUAUGUUUUGUUUCUCCACAGACGUGAUGGGCGGGGGAGCAUGGUUCUUUGGCUCCUGAGGGCAAAUUUCAUCAUGAUGUUGAUAUAGGCACGCAGUUGGGGAGGCCCCACGGCUAGUUUUAGCAUUAAGGCUUCUAAGCGGCAGAAAAAGUUGCUGUACCACUGAUUUAGUAAGGAUACGGUUGAUCAGGCCAUUAAAAUGCUUAGAUGUUCACCUUCCAAAGCAUGAAUGAUUCUUAAAUGGUUGGUACGGUAGUGACUGCCACGCCUCUGCGUCUGGACUACAUUUACACUUCUGGUUGUGAUAACUUGGGAGCUUUGGACUCCUUUGAAUUUCUAAUGCAUGAGUUUGUGUAUGUA